AUUUGCACAUCCUAGUCCCCAGGAUAGACAAUCAGGCAGACAGCUUGAAACAAAUUUGGCUAUUGUCAAAGACUUUUCUAUGCUUUCAUCUUUACUUGAAAUAACAGAUCAUAAAUUUAUUACUAUAG